UCUUUAAAUUUAGAAACUGGCCUUUACUCCAACAGCCAAUUCCAACAAAGAUGCCCGCUAUUUGUACUUCAACCGAGGCGGGAUUGGUCUACUGAGCCGGGUGAAAACGUUUGUUAGAUAAUACUUUUGAGCAGCCCGACAGAGGAGGAAACAACCCACUGGACUUCAAAUGGACUGGUUCCACUGUAAUCAGUGCUUCACAAGGAGAGGGUCGAAGUUUGCUGUGUCCAGCUGUGGCCACAUUUGCUGUGAAGCAUGCAUUCAAUCUCAGCAGUGCAGUGUAUGUGGGGCCAGCUGCAGUUACCUGCCUAUCACAGAUGAGAUGAAGCCACAGGAAAAGGUGUUUUUCAAGGACCCUGUGAAGCUCCUCCAGUCAUGUCUGGAGCACACUUCACAGAUUGCACUUUUUCAGCGGACACAGAUGGAGAGAGUCACGGCACACUUCAAGCAUAAGUCCGUUGAACUGGAAAGGCAUCUGAAGGAAGUCACUGAGCAUGGUUACAGAAGGCAACUCUCCGAGCUGAAAAGAGAAAAUACUGACUUAAAAAAGCAGCUUUCAAAUCUGAAAAGAGAGACUGCUGAUUUGAAAAAGCCACUUUCUCAGCGAAGGGUUUCUCCAGGACAGUUUCAUAUAGAUGGCACUCAAAGGGUGUCACUACCUGUGGCCGUCACCUCUCCAGUUACCCCUCGUUCAAGAACUAUGAGUUACAUAGGCUCAGCAGAGUCUCAGGCGUGGGCCAGAGACAGAGCUCCCCAUCUAGCCAUCACAACUCCUGGAUCCGCUACCUCUAUUUUGAGCCAUAGUUCUCUUCAUGAACAUGUACACAGAACACCCACAUCCUUUAGCACUCCUACAAGAUCUCAGCGUCAGACUCCUACUGUCUUCCAGUUCCAGUUUAUGAGUGGAUUAUCAACACGGUCACCCAGGCGUUAAUGAAAUGGCCUCAAACAUGUCUAUCGGUUAAGGAGUCCUUAGCCAUAUGCGUGUACAUCAGGACCCUUGUGUCUUUGUUAGAGAUACACAUUUGUUUAAAGUCCAGUAACGGUUGCCACCAAUGACUGAAGGUCUUGUACAUUGUUGAGUAUAGGUAUUUUACAAUUGUUAAGUUUACACGGAAGUUAUACUGGUGUUGCCAUGUGGUUCCUCUGUUGGGGAAUUACUAGCCACAUUGUCUUAAUGAUCAUUGGUUAAUUAAUGGUCUUUUUUUUGUGUCAACUUAUAAUACAACCAUUUCUGCUUAUUGUUUUUUGCUCACAACAGAAUAUACUUUGAUGAAAACUAAAUGUGUCAGAAUCAAGUGGAGUCAUAACAGCACACACAAAAAAAACAUGGCUUGCACAUGAUUAGAAAGGCAAAUCCUUUACUGGUUUCCAGUGACACAAUUGUGCAAAUGAGAAAUUAUUCAAACAGGAUAAAAUACAUGGAAAACAUCUGCUAAGGAAGACACAAAGCAUUGUGGACAUUUCCCCACAGUAUGACACUUGCAUUAUCUUUUGAUUACUAAUAGAAUGCCAAACAAACAGUGAUAGACAAUGCUUUAUCAACAUUAUGGUCAUCUAACCAUUAUUCAGACAUUUCUAAUUAACUAAACUCUACUUAAAGCCCACUUCACCCCUUGUA